UCACAACACGAUCGGCAUUUCUCUCGGCAACCAAAACAAAAUUUGUUUGAUAAGGUAUGGCUCGACAGUUUGGCUUGGACAUUCGAAACGUAACAUCGUUCGUUCAUCCCAUCACGAUUCGAAUUAACAGCUAUUAAAAUGCGUGAAGUGCUGUCCGUCCACAUCGGUCAAGGUGGUGUACAAAUGGGCAAUGCCUGUUGGGAAUUGUAUUGUCUUGAACAUGGUAUACAACCUGAUGGAAUGCUUCCAGCAGCAGCGUGUACGAGUGACGAAGGAUUUCAAACGUUUUUCAGUGAAACUGGUGGAGGAAAAUACGUUCCUAGGGCUGUUUUCCUCGAUCUUGAACCUACUGUUAUAGACGAAGUUCGUACUGGAACCUACCAUCAGCUAUUUCAUCCAGAACAAUUGAUUUCCGGGAAAGAAGAUGCUGCAAACAAUUAUGCACGUGGUCAUUAUACUCUUGGAAAAGAAAUCGUAGACCUGGUAUUGGAUAGGAUACGCAAAAUCGCUGAUAUGUGUGCCGGCCUUCAAGGAUUUUUAAUCUUUCAUGCAUUCGGUGGUGGUACCGGUUCUGGAUUUACCAGCUUACUGAUGGAAAGACUCUCUAUGGAUUAUGGAAAAAAAGCUAAGCUUGAGUUUGCUAUUUACCCAUCCCCACAAAUUUCUACAGCCGUUGUCGAGCCAUAUAAUGCAAUUUUAACAACUCACACGACCUUAGAACAUUCUGAUUGUGCAUUUCUCGUCGACAACGAAGCUAUUUAUGAUAUAUGCAGACGUAAUUUGGAUAUCGAGAGACCAACGUAUACGAAUCUAAAUCGAUUGAUCGGCCAAAUUGUAUCUUCGAUCACAGCAUCCCUUAGAUUCGAUGGUGCUCUUAACGUUGAUCUCACUGAGUUCCAAACGAACUUGGUACCUUAUCCUAGAAUACACUUUCCUCUGGUUACCUAUGCUCCUAUAGUUUCGAUCGAGAAAGCCUAUCACGAGCAAUUGACAGUCAUGGAACUAACUUCGGCUUGUUUCGAGCCAGCUAUGCAAAUGGUCAAAUGUGAUCCACGUAGGGGAAAAUAUAUGGCUUGUUGCCUACUUUACAGGGGCGAUGUUGUUCCCAAAGAUGUAAAUGCUUCUAUUGCGACCAUCAAAACUAAACGUGCUAUACAAUUCGUCGAUUGGUGUCCAACUGGUUUUAAGGUCGGUAUUAAUUAUCAACCACCGACUGUAGUACCGGGCGGUGACCUUGCUAAAGUUCAACGUGCGAUGGCUAUGCUAGCUAAUACGACAGCUAUCGCUGAAGCUUGGACAAGAUUGAACAGAAAAUUCGAUCUUAUGUUCGGAAAACGUGCUUUCGUUCAUUGGUACAUCGCAGAGAGUAUGGAUGAAAGUGAAUUUAACGAAGCCAGAGAGGAUCUUGCUGCCUUAGAAAAAGAUUACGAAGAAGUUGGUAUGGAUUCUACGGAAGGUGGCGAGGGUGGAGAAGAAAAUUAAAUGUUGCAUUAUAUGAAGGCCAUUUUUACGUUAAGUGGUAGCACACUUAUCGUAUUUUCGAGGUUCUACAUUUUUUUUGUUUGAUCCUCGUUGUCAUCGCUGGGAUGAACGAACUCGUUCAGCCAACCAAUUUUUGUAGAAUAUUUUUACACAUCAAUUUUGUUUAUCGUCCUUUUUUUCGACGUCCCUGUACAUUCAUUUCUUAGAUAUAUUUCUCAAUAUACACGAUUUAAUACAUUAAUUCUUUUUUUUAUAUUUAUAAAUACGCAAACUUGUAUAUUUAUUCAUAUAAUAAAAAUUCGUAAAAAUCAUUCAAACGUCUUAUUGCUCUUCUUUGUGUUGAUCUCGAAAAAGUGUUUGGUUUGAUCCUUUCUGAAAUGAUCAACGAGGAAGAUCGUACAAACUUUAACUACUUUUAGAGAUAUUACAGGCUCUUUAUUGUGUAGAACAGCACGCGGCUGCGUAGAAUUAUAUUACAUAUGUAUAAACUUUUAUCGGCAUCGUUACACGUAGCUUUUUUUUUCAAAAAACUCUUAUAUCGUACAUAUAACAUUCUUUUUUUAUUCCUUGUGUGUCUGCGUGCUUAAAUCAUUAUUUCUCCUCGUACACGCUCGCCAUUACCAUUCCUUUAAAAAACAGACGUAAAAAAUCGAACACGAAUUUUACUUUUUUUUUCCUUAGAAAGAAAAAGAAAAAAGAGAAAAAUGACAGAAACAAAGUGCCUAUGUAUAAUGCGUAUGCAACGCAGAAAGAGAGACGUAGGAAAACGUUUGUCGAGAACGUAUAGAUACAAAUAUGUAUGUGUUGUGUGUAUGUUUUUAUAUGUGUGCGUAUCAUGUGAUAUGUCGUCGCAAAAUUUUGCCAUACAAGUUUCAUACCAAGAAUCGAAAACAAUGCUAGAACAUGAUCUUGACGUUCUUACACCACAUUUCUUUUAUCUUUGUAUUUAUUUUUCUAUCUCCUUUUGCAUAGAUAAAAAUUAAAACAAAAUAUAUGUAUUGUGUGUGUAUGUGUGUAUAUUGACUAUAGUGGAAAAAAGACGAAUCAUUAAAUCGGUAUACGGUGAUAUGCUGACAAGAGGAUGACGACAAUAACGUUUACUGGCAAUAAUAAUAAUAAUAAUAAUAAUAAUAAUAAUAAUAAUAAUAAUAAUAAUAAUAAUAAUAAUAAUAAUAAAAAUAAUAAUAAUAAUAAUAAUAAUAA